CGUGACGUGACGUAACGUGACGCUGUGCCUCUCUCCCGCUGCAGGUGGACGCUCCGCAACUCCCGAGAUAAGGGAUGUGGAUUAGAAAGGAUAUGUCCUUACUGCUUCCAGUUCCUGGUUCCUGAUAGCUACCGAGUGCGUCUCAAACCAAAGAUGAAAAUGACUCCACAGAUAGAGAAAGUUCUCAAACGAGAGGCGAAGAACCAUAAACUUAAUAUGAAACAGACAAAGCUUUUGAAAAAGUACAGGGAAUCAAGAAGUGUUCUGCUGGUUACUUGCAAUUCAUGCAACAAAACAACAAGACAUUAUGGUAAAAGCAGGGAUUUUCUAACUACCAAGACACACAAUUCUGGCACCCCGAGCGUUAAAUCCAGCCUGAGAACACCAGAUGUAAAAAAUCAGUCUGCAAACAAAGUGACACCUGUGGGCUGCAGUAGUUUGGGAUCUAAAGGGAACACUCCCUCAUCACUUCUCAGAACCAGCUCUGCUUCCAAGACUCCCAGAAACUCCAAAUUUCACUUCUCUAAGCUAAAACGGAUGCUUGACCUAGAAGAAAAAGAGAAAAGCCAGAAGGCAGAUUUGAAAACCUUCUUGACUUUGCUUUAGUUAUUCAUAUUUUCAAAGUAAUAAAGAUUACAGCAGUAAGUAUUGUUCCAGUUUUAGUAAAUCAACAAAGUGAUUUCUUUAAAACCUAAGCUAACAGCAUGUACCCUGUGUUAAGCGUGGACCGUAUUGUUUAGAAGCGAGCUUUGUUUCUAAGGGGACUGAUUGCCUGCAAGAGGCAGAUGAUAAAAUAGCCAGUCUGAUAUGCUUGGGAAUCUUGAACACGUUUUGCAGUCUCUCAUGGCCCAAGAAUUAAAGGCCGGAAUCUGUCAUUUGAGGAGGCUGACAAUACUGGAUCCAUCAGUGGGUCCAGCAGGACCAACAGGUAGGUUGGCACACCUGAAAGCAAUUUGGCUUUCCUCCACCUCCCUCUGCCACUAUUUUUAAGGUAAUGCAUCACAAUUGAAUUUGAAAGAUCUCAUCCCUGCUUUGCAUGUUUGAGUAAAACAGACACUUUCACCGGCACUUUCUCUAGGCAUGUCUUUUUCAGGGAUUUAAGUAGUGUCCUGUAAUACCGCUGUCUUUUGAUACCUGGGGUAUCAAAACUAGGUUUGCCCUGGACAGUAGUUAAAUUUGUUGCACCAAAGUGUUUUGAUGGGAAUAGACGAUUGUCAAGGUUGAAGUGGUCUCCAUGGUCAGAUUUUACAUUUUCAAUUAGGCACAGAGGUGAGGAAGGACAGUAGAAAGUCACCGUUCAGAACAGAGUUCAUAGCCUGCCCUGUGUACAGUCUGCAAAUUGUGCUUCAGAUUUACCAUCUGAGAAGAGAAAUCAGUCAGUUAAAAACAUCUAAAUUCUUCGGUUUAAAGGUCUGUAUUUUUCUUUUUUUUUUUGUAUUCUAAUGAAUGACUUCCUUUAAGAGUAUUCAGACUGAAUGAACACUGUUGAAGAAAUAGGACCAGUGAAUAAGUUGGCAGACUUGAAAGCAAUUCAGGGCAGGGGAGAAUAGUUCGUUGCAAAUUCUACUUACGGUCUCAAAGAUCGGCGUGUACCCUUUUUAUGUCUCCUGUACACUUGUACAAUAACUUUGGAAGGUUUGCUGCUGUUUGUUUCUUACGUACAUGGAGGAUCAAAUUAAUUGUCAUUCUUCGAUCAAAAUACGGAACUUGGGAGUUACAUCUUUUCCACUGUAGAGCUUGGCAUUAAUUCACCUGUUGUUGCUGUAUUUAUGGUCCAGUCCUCUGGAAAAAUACUUCCAUCUUAUUGAUGGAAAAUGUGCCUUAUACAAAAGUAUUUGAAAAACAAGUUUUGCAAUAAAUUUUUAUGUUGAAAGUACACAGAUUAGGUACUCUAGUGCUGUGCUUCCUGUGAGGCUUACGUGAAACCAGCAUGGCCAUCUGGUAAUGUUUGAAGGUGAACCGAUAUUAACACAUGAGAUCAGGAGUAUGCUUUUGCAGCAGAUCUUCCAACUGUCCCUGUUUACUGUGCUUUCUACGCAAUACCGAGAGGUCUCGGAGUAUGAGUCAUGUUCCUUUUGGAUAAAACUACAGCUAAUGGAUGAAAGUCAUAAUCUGGGGCACAGCCAGUGUGAUGGGAAGGCUAACGGGCAAUCUGUCCCCAGGAUCACAGGAGAACUGCUCUGAAGUACCCAACUCCAAAAGGUGUAUUGUGGAUGGCAGGCACUGAGCUUUCAGGUAUUCUGCACUCCGGCUGUAGUACUAGUGCAGUGUGCUAUUUGGUAGCCUGGACAGUCUUGUCAUGCUCCAAAAAACAUGUUUUUCCUUGUAAUUACCAGAGUUGUCAGACUCGUUCAGGUGUGGUGUUGUAAAGGGAUCACUAUUGCAAGCUGUCAGACUUCACUGUGGAAAAAAAGGAAAAGAAACCCAUUCAGUAUGUGCCAUUCCUUGCUUUACAAGUGUGCUUCAAAAUGCUGGGCAGAAAUAAGUGUUGGUACAUUUUAUCUGAAGUGCUUUUAUGUUAUUCCUAAGCCUCUAAUACAGUCUUUUUCUGUUCGUGGACUGUCACAGAAUCAGUGUAGUGAAAACAGAGAGAGACAGACACACACAUACAUAUCUCUGUAUAUACAUCUCUAUACACAUCAGAUGUAUAUAUAUAUACACAUAGAUAUGUACAUACGCGCAUCAGAUGCACUCUUCCCUUCACAAUAUAUUACAUUUCCUCUACUCGAUGAAACACUGAGGCUUAAUCAUUGGCUGCCUCCCCACCAAACCUCUGCCGUGCAGCGCGCCUGGCUUGGGUUUGAAGAGCUGGAAAGACAACUCCAGAGAGAGGAAACAGCUUCACUGCUUUCAGUGAGGCCAGGAUUUCACCCCGACUUGUGAAGCAAGGCCAAGAAGAUUCUCCAUUAAGCAUCCACCACUGCCUACAGGUAUUUAAUAACAGACUGAGAGUUAUUUCCCAGCUCAUACAAAUUCUACUUACGCAAUGCUAUGUAUAUCAUUGACAGUAAUAGCAUCAUACCAUAUAUUGAAAAUGUUAUAAAAUGUGGCUUAAUACAACCAGUGCAACUAAAAUGUAUUUUCUUUUGAAA